AUGGUCAUUUGUGGCAUUAACGAUGCAACCCUAUUCCAAGGACGCACGCAAGCUGAGAGAAUUGCUUACGAAAUAUUCUCUGAUGAUUUUAACACUACAAUGGAUGUAUCCAUUGACGAACUUAACGACGAACUCAAAACACUUGCAGGAAUGACUACUGCACAAGGGCAAAUUCGAUUGAUGCCUGGCAUCAAGAAAAAUAUUCGCGCCUUCAUCCAAUGGUGCAGGGACGAAUUCCGCAUGGGACGGGACCCAGCAACAGUACAAUUUCCAGUCAUUGAUGCAGCCCACCUCCUUCGACGCAUGAAAACACACGAGCAAUAUGUGUAUGGCUCCAAGUUGAUGUCACAACAAGCACUACCUCAAGACUUCACCAACGACGUCACAUGGGAGGAUUGGCACCCCACGUUUGUGAACUACCUCCGUACCAUGCCAAGACGAGACGGAGUCCCGCUCCAAUACGUGGUCCAAACCAACGAAGCGUCAGUUCCGACAUACCACGAAGACUUCCUAGAGAUGUACAUCCAAAUGGCACCACUCAACGGCGAAGCCUUCACAAUCACUGAAAUGGAGGACGCCUUUUGGCUUUGGAGUUGCUUGAAAACUUUUGAGUUUUUAAUGUUGACCACCUUUCCAAAGAGGCAUUUGGACUGGUUCUGUUUCCAAUGA